GACUUCCGAAGCAUCAGCUUUUUUAGUCCGACGGCCUUUCAGCCUCCUCAUCCAUUGUCCGGUCUGCUGUUUGCUCUUAUCCACACCGUCUCCCUUUCUAUAGAUCAUCCUCCAAGAUGGCCUCCACCAGCGUUUCUCGUCUGGCGCUCCGCAAAAUGGCGACCCAGUCAAGCUGGGCUCGCUCUCCCGCUUACAAUGCCGUGCGAACUUACGCGACACCAAGCAAGAGCGCAUCCCUCAAAGAGACCUUCGCCGCACAACUCCCCGAGAAGAUCGAGCAGAUCAAGAAGCUCCGCAAAGACUAUGGCAACAAGGUUGUUGGAGAGGUGACACUUGACCAGGUCUACGGCGGCGCCCGUGGCAUCAAGUCGCUCGUCUGGGAGGGUUCCGUCCUCGACUCUGAGGAGGGUAUCCGCUUCCGUGGAAAGACAAUUCCAGAGUGCCAGGAAGUUCUUCCAAAGGCUCCUGGUGGAAACGAGCCUUUGCCAGAGGGCCUCUUCUGGCUUCUGCUCACUGGCGAGGUCCCAUCUGAGCAGCAGGUCCGCGACCUGUCUGCUGAGUGGGCUGCCCGAUCCGAUGUCCCAUCGUUUGUCACUGAGCUCAUCGACCGCUGCCCAUCCGACCUUCACCCAAUGGCUCAGUUCUCGCUGGCUGUCACUGCUCUCGAGCACGAAUCCUCUUUCGCGAAGGCUUACGCCAAGGGAAUCAAGAAGACCGAGUACUGGCAACACACUUUCGAGGACAGCAUGGACUUGAUCGCGAAGCUCCCAACCAUUGCUGCACGCAUCUACCGCAACGUCUACAAGGACGGCAAGGUCCCAGCUGUGCAGAAGGACAAGGACUACGGAUACAACUUGGCCAACCAGCUCGGCUUCGCUGACAACGCCGACUUCGUUGAGCUCAUGCGUCUCUACUUGACCAUCCACUCCGACCACGAGGGUGGAAACGUGUCUGCCCACACCACUCACCUUGUUGGAUCUGCCCUCUCAUCGCCAUACUUGUCGCUCGCUGCUGGCCUAAACGGUCUCGCUGGUCCACUCCACGGUCUCGCCAACCAGGAGGUGCUCAACUGGCUGCAGGAGAUGAAGAAGUCUGUUGGCUCCGAUCUCUCGGACGAGAACAUUUCCAAGUACCUCUGGGACACCCUCAAGUCUGGCCGUGUUGUUCCAGGAUAUGGACACGCUGUGCUGCGCAAGACUGACCCACGUUACGUGUCUCAGCGCGAGUUUGCGCUCAAGCACCUGCCAGACGACCCAAUGUUCAAGCUCGUCUCGCAAGUCUACAAGAUUGCUCCAGGUGUCCUUACUGAGCACGGCAAGACCAAGAACCCAUACCCCAACGUUGAUGCCCACUCCGGUGUUCUCCUCCAGUACUACGGCUUGACCGAGCAGAACUUCUACACCGUGCUCUUCGGUGUCAGCAGAGCUAUCGGUGUCCUUCCUCAGCUCAUCAUCGACCGUGCUGUUGGUGCACCAAUUGAGCGACCAAAGUCUUUCAGCACUGAGCACUGGGCCAAGCUUGUCGGAGCUAAGCUCUGAAUCGCAUAUAAACUACCUAGCCCACCUCGCAAGAAUGCGCGUAUUCAGCGCGCGCUCAGUCUUCUCGGAGGUGAUGGAGGUGGACGAGAAACCAGAGCGACCGGUCACUAAUCCGUGAAUAGAUCGAGGCGAUGGAGGAGGAGUUCAUCGCGUGUGUUAGUACUACGAGCUGUGGGCUGUUGGCCGCAAGCACUGUCAGAUUAACGAAUGCAUCAGGGGAAACAUGUUCAGCAGCGACUGGUGAUGGCUAAAUUUCUAUGUAUGAAUACACAACCAAAUAACGACAGCUGCGCAAUGUGUGAGAACCAAACAAAAAUUGUCCGAGUGCCAUUGCUCGUUCUCGCGUUCGCUCUGACUUCAUGUGAAGCACAAGCCGCC